UCACAGUCCCUCACACUACCUGGGCCUCCUCAUAUGCUACAUGACAUCGCAGAACGUGGACCCCUGGAUCCAGGAUGCAAGGGCCCCAAUACAUGCUGCUCUGCCUGGUUCACCUGAUCACAGCACUGACAGAUGAAGAGAAGAAGACCAUUGUGGAGAAGCACAACUUCUAUCGCGCCAGGGCAGAACCACCAGCGGCUGACAUGAAGGCUCUGCGAUGGGACCAGACGCUCGAAGACCUGGCAAAGUCUUAUGCUGCAAAAUGUAUCUGGGAUCAUAACGAGGAGCGCGGGUUCCGAGGAGAGAACCUCUUCAUAAUGUCCGGAUCCAGUCUGGAUGUGGAGCUGGGUCUGGCUGACUGGCACCGAGAGCGCGACUACUACAACUUCACCACUGAAACCUGUCAGGAAGGACAGAUGUGUGGACACUACACCCAGAUGGUCUGGGCCAAUUCCGAGCGUGUCGGCUGUGGAGAGAAUUUCUGUGAAAAACUUGAAGGCUUUGAUGAGACAAAUAUGUUUCUCCUGGUCUGUAACUAUGAACCUCCGGGAAACUUUCAAGGAGAGAAGCCGUACACACCUGGAGCCUUCUGUUCCUCCUGUCCAUCCUCACACGUCUGCAGAGAGUCUUUAUGUGCAGAUGAAGGCUUAGAGCAGGAAGAAACCAGCACAGCUGAACUGGGCACAACGUUGGCAGAAUUUCCGUCAGACACAACACAUUCACAGAUUUAUCCAGAACCUACACAAUCAGAGCUGGACCUAGAACCAACAAAACCAGAGCUGGAUCCAAAAAUAAUAUCACAGCUGUUCCUAGAACCUACACAGUCAGAGCUGGUACCAGAACAUACACAAUCAGAGCUGAACCUAGAACCAACACAACCAGAGCUGGAUUCAAAAACAAUAUCACAGAUGUUCCUAGAACCUAAAAAUUCUGAGCUGGUAGCAGAACCUACACAAUCAGAGCUGGACCUAGAACCAACACAACCAGAGCUGGAUCCAAAAACAAUAUCACAGUUGUUUCUAGAAUCUACACAGUCAGAGCUGGUACCAGAACAUACACAAUCAGAGCUGGACCUAGAACCAACACAACCAAAGCUAGAUUCAAAAACAACAAAAUCAGAGCUGGUUCCAGAACCUACACAGUCAGAGAUGGUCCCUGAACCAACAAAACCAGAGAUGGAUCAAAAAGCAACAAAAUCAGAGCUGGUUCCAGAACCUACACAAACCGAGUUGAACCUAGAGUCGGAAUUAAAAUUAACACCAUCAGAGAUGGUGCAGGACUUAAUGUCCACCCGGACUACCACAGAACCUCUAGAAAUAAUCACAACACAGAGAGUGGAAAAGUCCAGUCCAGAUGUCAUAGAAGAGACAUCAGUACAUUCCACCAGCCAAGUCAUUGCCUUUCCAGAUCAAGAAUACAUUUCUGUCUCUGUGAGACCAUCUCUUCCAGUGACCGCUACACCCCACAUUGAUAAGACUACCAUUGAGAAAGUUUUUUUCAACGAUGAACCAGAUACACCAACAGAAAAACAAAGAAUCCCAGUAACAGUUAAAGUUACCACCACACAGCCAGUAAAAACACAUGACAUGUCUGUAUUAGUAGACAAACCCCAGGAGAAAAUUGUGGACACGGUAACCAGCCAAGAUCAGGCGAGACGGAAAGACCAACAGUCACCAAAGGCUCCUUCAGAAAAGAAAAAGCAGAAGCAAAAAAACAUGAACGUAACAUCAAACAAAUGGAAAACCCAAUUGUCCUCUUCCAUGAGACGGGAUUAUAAAUCAGGCCUGGCAGUGCAGACAUACUUUGGUCGUCCUGUCCAGAGCUGGCACCUUGCACGAGCUCCUAGGCCUUGUCUAUACCCAUGUCCCAGGUCAAAGUCUCAACUGGUGUUUCCUCUUUAUCGCACAAAUCACAUUUCAUCUUUGGGAGGAUAUGAUGAGCAAAGCCAGAAGAUCAGUAAAUCUCUCGUGAAGCCCAGCUUCCAGCAGCUUUGGAGACAGUUAGGGUACAAGAGAGGCGUUUACAGCCUGUACCUCCCCCCUGCUCAACAACAUUAAGGAUCAGCUAAAGACAAAUGUCCACAAAACAGGUUUUGAUUAUCUUCGGUUACUUCAAUGGUUUACUGAAUGUCCGUCAAGAAGUCUUCAACUGCCUUUCAUGCCUGGAAUAGCAAGAUCAUUAGGAACUGUUUAGGCCUCAUGCCUGUGGGUGACAUCACAGAUGCUGGGAGUUAUCUGUCCUGCCUGUUAAGUCAUAGAAGCUCUAUAAUGGAAUCUAAAGUCCUGGAUUAUAUGAAGUCCUUUCCAGCAUAUCAAAAGUCCGGGCAUAUUCAUCACCUCUGGCUGCAGUGCAUCUGGUCGGCAUCAUCUCCACUGCUUGUGCUUUUCUCUAUUAUUUAGUUUUAUUCAUCGUCUCUGGCUAUGGUCCAGCUGGUCAGCAUGAUCUCCACUGCUUGUGCUUUUCUCUAUUCUUUAGUUUUAUUCAUCAUCUCUGGCUGUGGUCCAGAUGGUCAGCAUGAUCUCCACUGUUUGUACUUUUCUCUGUUAUUUAGUUUUAUUCAUCGUCUCUGGUUGUGGUCCAGCUGGUCACCAUGAUCUCCACUGUUUGUACUUUUCUCUGUUAUUUAGUUUUAUUCAUCAUCUCUGGCUAUGGUCCAGCUGGUCAGCAUGAUCUCCACUGCUUCAGCUUUUGUCUAUUCUUUAGUUUUAUUCAUCAUCUCUGGCUGUAGUCCAGCUGGUCAGCAUGAUCUCCACUGCUUCAGCUUUUGUCUAUUCUUUAGUUUUAUUCAUCGUCUCUGGCUGUGGUCCAGCUGGUCAGCAUGAUCUCCACUGCUUGUGCUUUUCUCUAUUAUUUAGUUUUAUUCAUCAUCUCUGGCUGUAGUCCAGCUGGUCAGCAUGAUCUCCACUGCUUGUGCUUUUCUCUUUUAUUUAGUUUUAUUCAUCAUCUCUGGCUGUAGUCCAGCUGGUCAGCAUCAUCUCCACUGCUUGUGCUUUUCUCUAUUAUUUAGUUUUAUUCAUCGUCUCUGGCUGUGGUCCAGCUGGUCAGCAUCAUCUCCACUGCUUGUGCUUUUCUCUAUUAUUUAGUUUUAUUCAUCGUCUCUGGCUGUAGUCCAGCUGGUCAGCAUGAUCUCCACUGCUUGUGCUUUUCUCUUUUAUUUAGUUUUAUUCAUCAUCUCUGGCUGUGGUCCAGAUGGUCAGCAUGAUCUCCACUUCUUGUGCUUUUCUCUAUUCUUUAGUUUUAUUCAUCGUCUUUGGCUGUGGUCCAGCUGGUCAACAUGAUCUCCACUGCUUGUGCUUUUCUCUAUUCUUUAGUUUUAUUCAUCGUCUCUGGCUGUGGUCCAGCUGGUCAGCAUGAUCUCCACUGUUUGUACUUUUCUCUGUUAUUUAGUUUUAUUCAUCGUCUCUGGUUGUGGUCCAGCUGGUCAGCAUGAUCUCCACUGCUUCAGCUUUUCUCUACUAUUUAGUUUUAUUAAUUGUCUCUGGCUAUGGACCAGCUGGUCAGCAUGAUCUCCACUGCUUGUGCUUUUCUUUGUUAUUUAGUUUUAUUUAUCAUCUCUGGCUGUGGUCCAGCUGGUCAGCAUGAUCUCCACUGCUUGUGCUUUUCUCUAUUCUUUAGUUUUAUUCAUCGUCUCUGGCUGUGGUCCAGCUGGUCAGCAUGAUCUCCACUGCUUCAGCUUUUGUCUAUUCUUUAGUUUUAUUCAUCAUCUCUGGCUGUAGUCCAGCUGGUCAGCAUGAUCUCCACUGCUUGUGCUUUUCUCUAUUAUUACGUUUUAUUCAUCAUCUCUGGCUAUGGUCCAGCUGGUCAGCAUGAUCUCCACUGCUUGUGCUUUUCUCUAUUAUUACGUUUUAUUCAUCGUCUCUGGCUGUGGUCCAGCUGGUCAGCAUGAUCUCCACUGCUUGUGCUUUUCUCUAUUCUUUAGUUUUAUUCAUCGUCUCUGGCUAUGUUCCAGCUGGUCAGCAUGAUCUCCACUGCUUGUGCUUUUCUCUAUUAUUUAGUUUUAUUUAUCAUCUCUGGCUGUGGUCCAGCUGGUCAGCAUGAUCUCCACUGCUUGUGCUUUUCUCUAUUCUUUAGUUUUAUUCAUCGUCUCUGGCUGUAGUCCAGCUGGUCAGCAUGAUCUCCACUGCUUGUGCUUUUGUCUAUUCUUUAGUUUUAUUCAUCGUCUCUGGCUGUGGUCCAGCUGGUCAGCAUGAUCUCCACUGCUUCAGCUUUUGUCUAUUCUUUAGUUUUAUUCAUCAUCUCUGGCUGUAGUCCAGCUGGUCAGCAUGAUCUCCACUGCUUGUGCUUUUCUCUAUUAUUACGUUUUAUUCAUCGUCUCUGGCUGUAGUCCAGCUGGUCAGCAUGAUCUCCACUGCUUGUGCUUUUGUCUAUUCUUUAGUUUUAUUCAUCGUCUCUGGCUGUGGUCCAGCUGGUCAGCAUGAUCUCCACUGCUUCAGCUUUUGUCUAUUCUUUAGUUUUAUUCAUCAUCUCUGGCUGUAGUCCAGCUGGUCAGCAUGAUCUCCACUGCUUGUGCUUUUCUCUAUUAUUACGUUUUAUUCAUCAUCUCUGGCUGUGGUCCAGCUGGUCAGCAUGAUCUCCACUGCUUGUGCUUUUCUCUAUUAUUUAGUUUUAUUCAUCGUCUCUGGCUGUAGUCCAGCUGGUCAGCAUGAUCUCCACUGCUUGUGCUUUUCUCUAUUAUUUAGUUUUAUUUAUCAUCUCUGGCUGUGGUCCAGCUGGUCAGCAUGAUCUCCACUGCUUGUGCUUUUCUCUAUUAUUACGUUUUAUUCAUCGUCUCUGGCUGUAGUCCAGCUGGUCAGCAUGAUCUCCACUAGUUGUGCUUUUCUCUAUUAUUUAGUUUUAUUCAUCAUCUCUGGCUGUGGUCCAGCUGGUCAGCAUGAUCUCCACUGCUUGUGCUUUUCUCUAUUAUUUAGUUUUAUUCAUCGUCUCUGGCUGUAGUCCAGCUGGUCAGCAUGAUCUCCACUGCUUGUGCUUUUCUCUAUUAUUACGUUUUAUUCAUCGUCUCUGGCUGUAGUCCAGCUGGUCAGCAUGAUCUCCACUGCUUCUGCUUUUCUCUAUUAUUUAGUUUUAUUCAUCAUCUCUGGCUGUGGUCCAGCUGAUCAGCAUGAUCUCCACUGCUUGUGCUUUUCUCUAUUAUUACGUUUUAUUCAUCGUCUCUGGCUGUAGUCCAGCUGGUCAGCAUGAUCUCCACUAGUUGUGCUUUUCUCUAUUAUUUAGUUUUAUUCAUCAUCUCUGGCUGUGGUCCAGCUGGUCAGCAUGAUCUCCACUGCUUGUGCUUUUCUCUAUUAUUUAGUUUUAUUCAUCGUCUCUGGCUGUAGUCCAGCUGGUCAGCAUGAUCUCCACUGCUUGUGCUUUUCUCUAUUAUUACGUUUUAUUCAUCGUCUCUGGCUGUAGUCCAGCUGGUCAGCAUGAUCUCCACUGCUUCUGCUUUUCUCUAUUAUUUAGUUUUAUUCAUCAUCUCUGGCUGUGGUCCAGCUGAUCAGCAUGAUCUCCACUAGUUGUGCUUUUCUCUAUACUUUAGUUUUAUUCAUAGUCUCUGUCUGCAGUCCAGCUGGUUGGCAUGAUCUCCACUUUUUUAUUUUCUCUAUUCUUUAUUUAGUUGCCAUCACAGCUCUUGAGAAUGCUUUUGAUCUUUAACUUAUUAAUGGAAAUGGCCCAGAUUCCCGUCUCCAUCCACGUGUAGCUCAAUCAUUAUAGCAUCUGGAGAUGGCCUGUCCAUUCCCUAACUAAUCAACACAGCUCCAGUUGCCUCUGAGAAAACAAGAGAUGUUAUGAAAAGGCAAGUACCCAUAGACAUCCCAAAAGAUGAUUGUUUGUAGGAACUCAUGGAGUCACCCAAGGAUGAGUGCUGAGUGACAAAAAGCUAUGGGUUGGCGAACAUCUUCACCAGACACUGAUGAUGUCUUUGUUGGAUGUGUCGUAUGAACUAUUGGACUGGAUGUCUUAAGAUGGGAUAUGGAUUAGGAUCCAUCAUUCUGGUACUGACAGGAUCUCGGGUGUCAUUAUUUAUAUUUGUCCCUCUCACUGUAUAUAC